AUGCACGCAAGAGACUGGUUCCUCGUAUUCGUCGCUAUAUUCGUCCCCCCACUCGCAGUCUGGUUCAAGAGAGGCCUCUUCACCAAGGACUUCCUCAUCAACCUGGUCCUCUUCCUCCUGGGGUUCUUCCCGGGACUAAUCCAUGCUCUAUACGUGAUCAGCAAGCAUCCAUACGAAGAAGAGGGAAACAGAGGCAUAGAAGACACCGAGCGCUCCGGUGGUUACGGCAGUCUAGCAUAG